CCGCCGACGCGAGAGGACCUAAUGUUAUUCUCUAUAAUACAUUCUUUUUGUAUAAAAUGUCGAAGUGCCUCCGGACAAAAAUUAGUGAAAUAUUAGUCUAAAUGAAAAUUUUGGUGUAUUCCUUUUGUGACAAAACAAUAGUGUUAUUGAAACAUACUCUUUUUAAGUGUUUUCAUAGAUAAUAGACAAAUUAUAGGUACCAAUAUGUUGAUGUGAUAUAUAACCUGUAAAUAAUAUUGCGUUUAUAAAUAAUAAAAUAAAAUUUUAAAGCAAUCUUAGUAAACGAUAACACCAUAUUAAAGUAAAUCUAAAGUUAUAUAUAUUUUAAAUUAAAAAGAAAGGUAACACAAACUACAAAUCUAGGGACCAGACGUUUGGUUUGUAAAGGCGUUAAUAUAACGUGAUCAUCGGUGAAGAUCUUCUUCAUCAUCUUCAGUGAUGGUGAUGGCCAGCGGUGGUGGUGGUGGGCUGGUGCAGUCCCCACCCGAUAUGAUGCAUCAUCACAACAUCAUGGACACUUCAUCACAUGUCGAGAUGAUGCCCAAAAAGCUCCGGCUGUCGCUGUGCGUGGGCUGCGGCGGUCAGAUCCACGACCAGUACAUCCUGAGGGUGGCUCCGGACCUGGAGUGGCACGCCGCCUGCCUCAAGUGCCAGGAAUGCCGGCAGUUCCUCGACGAGAGCUGCACAUGCUUCGUGAGGGAUGGGAAGACGUAUUGUAAAAGAGAUUAUACUAGGUUAUUUGGUACAAAAUGCGACAAAUGCGGUGCAUCGUUCAGCAAAAACGACUUCGUGAUGCGCGCCAAGACGAAAAUCUACCACAUCGACUGCUUCCGGUGCUGCGCGUGCGCCAGACAACUCAUACCCGGUGAUGAAUUCGCGUUAAGAGAAGGUGGAGCAUUAUAUUGCAGAGAAGAUCACGACGUAUUAGAAAAGAGCACAAACUCAAGUGGAGGCAGCACCACCAACGCGGAAAGUAACAACAAUACAACAUUAAGCAACAACAACUCCCACCACCCCCACGAACUAGGAUCCAUGUCAGACUCGGGAAGUGAAUCCGGGUCCCACAAGAGCGGGCGCGCGCGCACCGCGGCCGCAGCGGAUGGGAAACCUACCAGAGUCCGGACAGUCCUCAAUGAGAAGCAGCUCCACACACUCAGGACAUGCUACGCGGCGAAUCCACGUCCAGAUGCGCUAAUGAAGGAGCAACUCGUAGAAAUGACGGGCUUAAGCCCCAGGGUUAUCAGGGUCUGGUUUCAGAACAAACGUUGCAAGGACAAGAAGAAAACAAUGCAGCUCAAAAUGCAAAUGCAGCAGGAGAAGGUGGAAGGUCGCCGCAUGGGGUACAUGUCGAUGGGAGUGCCGCUAGUGGCGGGGUCCCCGGUGCGGCACGAGCCGGGCGGCUCGCUGGCGCUGGAGGUGACGGCCUACCAGCCGCCCUGGAAGGCGCUCUCCGACUUCGCGCUGCACGCAGACCUGGACCGCGCCCCGCACCACAGCGCCGCCUUCCAGCAGCUCGUCAACCAGAUGCAUGGGUACGACGUCCCUUCGCUGCCACCCCCUCGACCUCCUCACAGCACUGAAGACAACUACGUGACGUACCUCGAGAGCGACGACAGUCUACCACCAUCGCCCUAGUGUCGCCUCACAUAAUGCUCACCAGAGCUAGGGUUGCCAACUUUUGACAAAAAUAACGUAUAAACUGGUUUGAAAAAAAAAAUAUUUUUCAAACUUUAUUUUUUUUUUAUACUACGAUGGUGUCAAACAAGCAUACAGCCCAUCUGAUGGUAAAUGGCUACCGUAGCCUAUGAAUGCCUGAAACACCAGGGGUGUCACAUGCGCGUUGCCGACCCUUAAGAAACCUACUCUUCUUGAAAAACCCCAUGCUGUAAUCUCGUGAGAAAACCUCGGCAGGUAAUUCAUUCCAUAAUCUAAGUGUACGCGGGAGGAAGCUCCUCUGAAACCACGCUGUCCGAGACCAUUUAUGUUUAGGUUAUGUUUUCAUUGCUUUAAAAACGUAUUUUUGUGUCCUUUUAGCAUAUGCUAACAUUUUUUUGUUAUCAUUAAAUGUUGCAACAGCUUGUUUGACAAUCAACAUU